AUGCGGGCGUUCGCGCAGCGAUCGACGUCAUCCAAGGUCACGUCGGUCGUCGAUCGCGACGCACGCGCGCGCGCGGGGGCGGGACGACGCGCGAGCGCGGACGCGCGAUGCGUGGUCGUCGCGCGGUCGACGCGUCGCUCGCGGGAGGGCGUCGAGGGCGUGGGUGAGGCGCUGGCGAAGGGGAUGACGGCGAUCGCGGCGGCGGCGAGCGUCGCGACGUCGACCCCGCUCGCGUGGGCGGCGCCGGUGGCGACGCCGAUGGAGGUGACGCAAGUGGCGGGAUUGGAGGCGAAUCCGAUCACGAACGCCAAGGCUCUGCUUCGUAACGCGCUUCCGGUGAGCAACAAGCCCAUUCGGGCGGUGCAAAAGAAGCUGGAGACGAUUAGCGACGAUUUGCGCGUUCCGGGCGUAAACUUCCGAGGCGUCGAUGGCAGCGUGAAAGGGUCAUUGAAGAUAGUGCAGGAACAGCGAGCGAAGAUUCUCGCCGAUGUCGCGCCGUCGAGGAAGGCGCAGGGUGAGAAGGCUCUCGACGAGCUCGAACGCGUGCUGACGGAUUUCCAAGUCAUCGUGGAGCAAAAGGAUAAGCAAGAGGUGCCUCUUGCGCAACAGGAGGCGCUUCAGCUCGUCGGUCGCAUCGAGGAGGACAUGAUCGAUGGGUUCCCGUUCGACGUGCCGGAGAAGUUCGCGGACAGGCCGCUUUUGAAGGGCCGCGCGACGGUGGAGAUGCAGGUUAAGAUUAAGAACAACGCGAACACCGACGGCGGCGUGAUGACAAUCGUUCUCGAUGGCUACAACGCGCCCGUGAGCGCGGGCAACUUUGCUGAUUUGAUCAACUUGGGCUUCUACGAUAAUAUGCCCAUUCAGCGCUCGGACGGUUUCGUCGUGCAGAGCGGCAAGCCGCGCGACGGCGACGGUUUUAAGCAGGACGGCGUCGAGCGCGAUGUCCCGUUGGAAAUCAUGGUCCAAGGCGACAAGGUUCCGGAGUACGAGUUCACCCUCGAAGAUCUCGGCCGUUACCGCGCGCAGCCGGUUUUACCGUUCAACGCGUUUGGCACGCUCGCCAUGGCGCGCCGCGAAUCGGAACCAAACUCGGCUUCCUCCCAAUUCUUCUUCCUUCUCCGCGAGUCCGAGCUCACGCCGUCUGGUACGAACAUUUUGGACGGUCGUUAUUCAAUCUUCGGCUACGUCGUUGAGAACCAAGAGCUCCUUCGCGACUUGAAGGUUGACGACGAAAUCAUCCAGAUGAAAAUCGUCGACGGCGCCGAAAACCUCGUCAACCCGACGAGAAAGGCGGUCGACAAGCCCCCGCUCGAGGAGAACGAGUCCACGCAAGGCGAGCUCUGA